AUGGAACGAAAACGUCACAGUUGGGAAGGCAUGGACCAUGACGCUGGCUUUCUCUACACUGGCCAGAGCCGUGGAGCGAUUCGACGGGAUGCCAAAUAUAUAACCGUGGACACUGAUAUCGAAAGAAUCCCAAAUUGGAGAUUGCAUUCAUUGGAAAACUUGGUAUGGCUGGAAUUCCCAGAUCAGCUUAAGGUAAUUGGUGACAAUGCCUUUUAUUGCUGUUUUGUGUUGCAGCGAGUCAUCUUUCCAGGCAGUUUGACUGAUAUUGGCAACAACGCGUUCGAGGGUUGCUAUGAGCUUAACCCGGUUGUACUUCCAGAAGGACUUCAGACCAUUGGUAUUGCUGCCUUUCGAUCCUGCCGAUCGUUGCGAGCAAUUGAGGUUCCGUCCACUGUCCAAAUGAUUGCUACUUCGGCAUUUGCAGAUUGCAGCAGUCUUGAGUCGGCUGCACUACCAGAUUUUAUUGAAUAUGUCAAUGGUUGGUUUCUGCGUUGUGGAUCUUUGCGACAUGUUUCCCUGUCGUCCAAGACUACCACAAUCGAACCAUAUGCGUUUUCGCGUUGCUGGAGCCUAAUGUCAUUGGAGCUUCCAGAGACGAUGAGCAGCAUUCGAGACGGAUCACUUAUAAGCUGCGCAUCACUGAGAAAUGUGUAUCUGCCUAACAAUAUUUCGCGGAUAGGAGAACCGUUUGCCGGCUGCGAGGACCUCCUGCAGGUUUUCGAAGAAGAUCAGCUGUUUCACGUUCUGAAACACAGAUUCGAUGGUUUGCCGGUACACCGCAUCUGCUACUUUCAAAAAUACAAGGAAGAAAAUACAGUCCUUGAAGAAAUUCGCCAGAGCUUGGCGAGUGAAGCCUUUGACAAUUUCCAAGAUGGUCUUGAAAUGACGCCGCUGCACAUUUUGGCUCUUUCCUGCAAACCGCGGGCUAAUCUUUGGAUCGAGCUGCAAAGGAGGUUCCCACGAUGCCUUGAACUUGGCGACAAAUGGGGAAGUAGACCCAUUGACUACUUGGUGGAAAAUAUGACGCCAAGCUCUCUCCCUCUUCUCACUCAUUGCAUCUAUGCAAGUACUGGAGCGCCCCUGAAGAGUCUCAGGUCUGCAAAAUGGAAAAUUACGAUCUUGCGGCUCAUUGAGGAGCUAUCUGACAAGACAAGCCGACGAGUUCAAGUUGACCGUAUCCAUAACAUGCUUUUCAAGUACCUUCAGAUGGAAGCCCUUUCGAUGCUGGAAGAAGCCCUCUGGAAAGUACAAAUUUCGGAAGGGGAGAGAGCGGCCUGGUUGGUUCCGGCCAACGAGUAUAGGUUAAGCUGCCGUAUCAAAUCGGGAGCAGAGAUUGUGAUCCCAAACGUAUUUUGUUUCAUGGAGAAAGUUGAUAGGAUUUAG